UCCAGACGCUAUGGCUGCAGCGCCAGCAUGACUUUGCAGAUUUACACAGCUUCCCUGAGUGUUUCGUUAAGGGAGGACGUGCAUGAGGUUAUGUAGAGACGGAAGCAGCCUUAGUAUCCCUGGCGUUGCAAACUGAAUGAGUGGAGAUUUCAGUCUAGAUACUACAGUGUGCCACCUUCUCCAUGCAACACCCUCAGCAAGCUUGCAAAGGCUGCCGUGGAAGUUGUGCUGCACUAAGGACUUUGCAAAGCAGAGGAAAUACGGUAGCACAUCUGCAUUCUUCAGCCCCACGUGGAAGGGGAAAUCUGCUGGCUCUGACAGGGGGGUGAAAGAUCAAACCCGGAAACGGAAGUGUAGAGUGGAGAGUUUUUGUAUUUUGAACUCUCGUUGGGAAUAGAGAAGGGAGAGUAACGGGUGUGCGGUAAAAAUGUCUUCUACGUGUGACUUUGUUGUGCUCCACACUGGGCAGAAGAUGCCUCUUAUAGGACUGGGCACCUGGAAAAGUGAACCCGGCCAGGUGAAGGAGGCAGUGAAGUAUGCUCUCGGUGCAGGUUAUCGUCACGUUGACUGUGCUACAGUUUACAGCAAUGAAGCAGAGAUAGGUGAAGCCUUCCAGGAGAGCGUCGGGCCAGAUAAGCCUGUUAAGAGGGAGGAGCUAUUUGUGACAUCAAAACUAUGGAAUACCAAGCACCACCCAGAAGAUGUGGAGCCAGCCUUAAAGAAAUCUCUGAAAGAUCUGAAACUGGAUUACCUGGAUCUGUAUCUCAUGCACUGGCCACAUGCCUUCGAACGAGGAGAUACUCUUUUCCCAAAGAACCCUGAUGGCAUGAUGCGUUUUGACUACACUGACUACAAGGAAACUUGGAAAGCUAUGGAGAAGCUGGUGGAGAAAGGUCUGGUGAAGGCCAUUGGACUGUCCAACUUCAACAGCCGUCAGAUUGAUGACAUCCUCAACAUGGCUGCUAUCAAACCAGCUGUACUACAGGUGGAAUGUCAUCCCUACCUUGCUCAGAAUGAGCUAAUAGCUCAUUGUAAUAAGCGAGGGCUGGUAGUAACAGCAUACAGUCCCCUUGGCUCUCCUGAUCGAAUGUGGAAGCACCCCGAUGAACCAGUACUUCUAGAAGAAUCUGGGAUCAAAAAACUGGCAGAAAAAUAUGGGAAAUCACCUGCUCAAAUCCUCCUCAGGUGGCAAGUGCAGCGUAAGGUGGUUUCCAUUCCCAAGAGUGUCACUCCGGCCCGCAUUCUGCAAAAUCUCCAGGUGUUUGACUUUAAUCUCACAGGAGAAGAGAUGGAUCACAUUGGAACCCUGAAUAAAAACUGGCGAUACAUUGUGCCAAUGGUUACAGUGAAUGGAAAACUAGUAGCAAGAGAUGCUGGACACCCCCUUUAUCCUUUCAAUGACCCCUAUUAACUACAGUAGAUUGGGUGUUAGAAUAGGACUCUGUGCACUCGUUCCCCAAGUAAAAAGAACAAGAGUACUUGUGGCCCCUUAGAGACAAAUAAAUUCGUUACUCUC